GCCCCCACCACGUGACAUGUGGUCUCCGAGACUCGUAUUUAAACUGGACACGGUAACUAACUUUGGUCAGACUUCAAAAACACGCUCAAACGGUCAGAGCCGACGAUUACGAACCAAGUUUACGACUCCGGCGCGGCAUGGAAAGCUCGCGCAAUGAGAGCGCAGUUGAGGCCCCGUUUCUCCGCGCCACGUCAGUCACACGCGCGUCCUCAUCUGCAGACAACGAGGGCAGCGGGCGACUCUACAUCAUCAUCCUCAUUUCCUUCUAUGGGGUCUUUCUGAUCGCUAUUAUGAUCGGCUACCUGCGCUCAAAGCAGCGCGAGAAGAGGAGAACCAACGUGUUCACGCGUCUGUUGCACGAGGAGGAGCAGCGAGAGUGGGGCGCCAGCCCGAAGAAGCACAGCUGCGCGAGCCUCAUCCUCCCGGCAUUCUCGAACCUGCGGCCCGCGCACGUUCCACUACCCGCUGGCCUCCACGAGAGCAAGGUGCUGUCACCCCUGGCGUGCGGACUCUGUUCAGUGGAACAGAGCAGCGUGAGCUCGCUCUGCUCGUCCGCGGACACGCGCCUGGCAAUUGAGGAGGAGGGGGACAGCGGCACCGGAGAGGGUCCGGAGGAUCCGAUGAAGGGAAGCUCAGACAACAGCGACGGAUCUGCUGAGAACCUCAAAGAGUCCUUGUGAUUCAAAGAGACAUUCGAAUGAGGACACUCGCGUUCUGCCCGGACGAGGACACUGUGUCCCCGGGAAAGAGACUCGUGAUGACGCACACCCCCUCGGACACCGAGGCCAGCGGGUUUUGCGCGUCCUCCCGCGGCACCUGGAACCCACUUGAAGUGUUUGAUUUGUGUUUUGUGUUGCUUCAAACUCGGCAUGCACACAGUAGGCCUACACAGCACACAGCAUCGUUGACGGACAGUGGAUGGGCUCCGUUCUUUUACACGCUGUCUUUUACUGUACAUAUUGUAUAUGCCUUGAUAUCAUGUAGAAAUAAUAAUUUAGGAAUAAUUAAAACAAAUAAAUAUGUAUGAUCCAUCACAUUAUUCGUAGUGAAUGUUUCAUGCCAAAAGGGGGCACCCCAGCACUCAUAGACCCAACUCUCACUCCAAUGCUUAUGUUCAGAUAGGACUCCCACUGACGCAUUACCCAUAAAUUCGUAGAAAUAUAAACAUUUCGCUGAGUUUGUCCCGUGUUUGCUGAAGUUUGGAUAAGCCUGCUUUCACCCGCGCCUUUAUUAUGACAGGAAUCUACGUUGCCAUGACAACCACACGUUUUCUUCCAGAGAGUCGAAGUUCAACUAUGGCGCCAAACUUCCAAACAGACGACCCAGCUGGGUUAGAGGAGUUCUGAUCCUCUCAGCCCUGCAAGUAAACACACACACACACACACACACACACACACACAUCUAGUGAUAAACUUCCCACAGAGGCAUACUGUGUGUGUGUGUGUGUGUGUGUGUGUUGUUCUGUUUAA